AGCUGCGGCUGCCACCAGGGAGACCACGGCUCAGGCUCACUGGAUGUCUGAAGAUGGCGGAUUGUAUACGUGUUCCACUUAUCCUUUCGAUAUGCGUCCUGUUCUGUGUACACCCGAUCCGUGGAUAUGCUCCCUUCAACGGCGCCAGAGGCGGCAGCAACGUCGAUAAUUCUCAAAAUCAAGCUGGAGGGCUCGGAGUCGCUGCGGCCAACGCGGGUCCUGCUGACAGAAGCCCGGUAGUCGGGGCCUCGCCGCCUCGUCGGCGCUCCGCCAGCUGGAAGUUGGCUGAGGAGCCGGUUUGCCGGGACGACUUGACCAGGCUCUGCCCCAAACACUCCUGGACCAACAACCUAGCUGUGCUGGAGUGUCUGCAGGACAAGAAGGAGGAAACGGAGAUCGCUGCUGACUGCAACCACCUGUUGUGGAACUACAAGCUGAACUUGACCACUGACUCCAAGUUUGAGACUGUGGCUGUGGAGGUCUGCAAGACCACUAUCUCUGAGAUUAAAGAGUGUGCUGCGGAGCAACGGGGAAAGGGGUACCUGGUGUCAUGUCUAGUGGAUCACCGUGGCAACAUCAGUGAAUACCAAUGUAACCAGUACAUCACCAAGAUGACAAGUAUCGUCUUCAGUGACUACCGACUCAUCUGCGGCUUUAUGGACAAGUGUCGUGAUGACAUCAACACCCUGCACUGUGGCAGCAUCAGCACAGGAGAGAAGGAUAUCCACUCCCAGGGAGAAGUCAUAGCAUGCCUGGAAAAGGGGCUCGUUCGGGAGGCUGAGGAGGAGCAGCCGAGGAACCUUACCAUCAAGGACGAAUGUAAGAAGGCCAUCAUGCGCGUGGCUGAGCUGUCGUCCGAUGACUUCCACCUGGACCGCUACCUCUACUUCGCCUGCCGUGACGACCGGGACCGUUUCUGUGAUGAUACCCCUGCUGGAGAGGGACGAGUUUACAAGUGUCUUUUUAACCACAAGUUUGAGGAAGCCAUGUCUGAAAGGUGCCGUGAGGCCCUGACCACUAGACAGAAGCUUAUUGCCCAGGACUACAAGGUGAGCUACUCCCUGGCCAAAGCCUGCAAGUCUGACCUGAGGAAGUACCGCUGCAGCGUGGACACCAACAUGCCCCGUGCCCGAGAGGCCCGCCUAUCCUACCUGCUGCUCUGUCUUGAGUCUGCUGUGCACAGAGGUCGGACAGUGAGUGGGGAGUGCCAGGGAGAGAUGAUGGAUUACAGGAGGAUGCUGAUGGAGGAUUUUUCUCUUAGCCCAGAGAUCGUGCUCCACUGCCGGGGGGAGAUUGAGACCCACUGCUCUGGCCUCCACCGUAAAGGACGCACCCUCCACUGCCUGAUGAGGGUGGGGCGGGGGGACAUGGGAGCAGUCGACAACCUCUGUCAGAAGGCUCUACAAACCCUCAUCCAGGAAGCCGACCCAGGGGCUGACUACCGGAUUGAUCGGGCUCUUAAUGAAGCGUGUGAAUCCGUCAUCCAGACAGCAUGCAAACACAUUCGCAAUGGGGACCCCAUGAUUCUGUCAUGUCUCAUGGAGCACCUCUACACAGAAAAGAUGGUGGAGGAUUGUGAGCACAGACUGCUGGAGCUGCAAUACUUCAUAGCCAGAGACUGGAAACUUGACCCCAUCUUGUAUAAGAAGUGCCAGGGUGAUGCCUCCCGGCUGUGCCAUGCCCACGGUUGGAACCAGACCAGUGAGAUGAUGCCACCAGGCACCAUCUUCUCCUGCCUCUACCGCCACGCUUACCGCUCGAGUGAGCAGGGCAGACGGCUCUCUCGGGACUGUAAAGUGGAGGUGCAGAGGAUUCUCCACCAAAGGGCGCUGGAUGUGAAGCUGGACCCAGAGCUGCAGAGGCGCUGUAUGACCGAUCUGGGAAAGUGGUGCAGUGAAAAAACGGAGGCUGGACAGGAGUUGGAGUGUCUUCAGGACCACCUGGAGGACCUGGUGUUAGAUUGCAGAGGAGUGGUGGCAAACCUGACGGAGCUGGAGUCCGAGGAUAUCCAGAUUGAGGCGCUGUUGAUGAGAGCCUGUGAUCCGGUCAUUCAAUCCCACUGUCAUGAGGUGGCAGAUAAUCAGAUAGACACAGGCGACCUUAUGGAGUGCCUGGUUCAGAAUAAACAUCAGAAGGAGAUGAAUGACAAGUGUGCCGUGGGAGUCACCCACUUCCAGCUGAUCCAGAUCAAAGAAUUCCGUUUCUCCUACAAGUUCAAGAUAGCCUGCAAGGAGGAUGUACUGAAACUCUGCCCCAACAUCAAGAAGAAGGUGGAUGUGGUGAUCUGCCUGAGUACCACAGUGAGGAAUGACACCCUGCAGGACGUGAAGGAGCAGCGUGUCUCCGUCAAGUGCCGUAAGCAGCUCCGUGUGGAGGAGCUGGAGAUGUCAGAGGACAUCCGUCUGGAGCCGGAGCUGUACGACUCCUGUAAACAGGACAUUAACAAGCUGUGUCAGAAUGUCGCUUUUGGAAAUGCACAGGUGAUAGAGUGUCUGAAGGAAAAUAAGCAAAAGUUGUCUCAGCGUUGCCACCAGCGUGUGUUUAAACUUCAAGAGGUGGAGAUGAUGGAUCCAGAGCUGGACUACCAGCUGAUGAGAGUCUGCAAGCAUAUGAUCAGGCGGUUCUGUACUGAGGCUGAGGGGAAGAACGUUCUUCAGUGUUUGAAACAGAACAAGAAUAGUGAGCUGAUGGAUCCUAAAUGUAAACAAAUGAUCACCAAGAGACAGAUCACCCAGAAUACAGACUACAGGCUAAACCCGGUUCUGAGGAAGUCCUGUAAGGCCGACAUCCCAAAAUUCUGCCAGGGCAUCUUGAGUAAGGCAACCGGGGACAGCGAGCUGGAGGGCCAGGUCAUCUCCUGCCUCAAACUGAAAUAUGCUGACCAGCGUUUGUCUCCAGACUGUGAGGACCAGAUCAGGGUGAUCCUUCAGGAGUCUGCUCUGGACUACAGACUGGACCCACAGCUGCAGCUCCACUGCACCCAGGAGAUUUCUCGGUUGUGUCCAGAGGAGGCAGCAGCCCAGGAACAGACGGGUCAGGUUGAGGAGUGUCUGAAGGUCAACCUGUUGAAGAUCAAACAAGAGGCUUGUAAGAAGGAGGUGCUGAAUAUGUUAAAGGAGAGUAAGGCAGACAUCUUUGUUGACCCUGUCCUCCACACAGCCUGCGCCCUGGAUAUCAAACACCACUGCGCUGCUAUCCCACCUGGCCGCGGACGCCAGAUGUCAUGUCUAAUGGAGGCCCUGCAGGACAAGCGGGUUCGUCUCCAACCUGAAUGUAAGAAGAGACUACAGGACCGCAUUGACAUGUGGAGCUACGCUGCCAAGGUUGCUCCAGCCGAAGGCUUCUCAGACCUGGCCAAUCAGGUGUUGACCUCGCCGUCCAAGAACUACAUCCUGGCCAUGAUCGGCCUAGGCGUGUCUGUGCUCUUCCUUAUGGGCCUGCUUUGCGGUCGCAUCACCAAGCGAGUCACCCAGGAACUGAAGGACAGGUAGACCCAGCCGGAUCCCUGGGGUCACAACACGUCUGCAAGAGAACCCACACCACAGACAGGCCCUCUCGCUGGCUCUCAACAGUACCCCAGUGAUUGUCCUCCUCCACCCAUUUCUCCCCUCCCUCCCCUCCCCUGCUCUUCCUUGCUCCUCCCCUCUCUUGCUCUGGUUUUUAGUGCUUAGUUUCUUUUUCUCAUUGACUUUGCUCCUCAGUCUUGUGAAGCACACGGAGUGCUCUCACAUUGCCUUUGGGAGGUCCGUAUUGGAAUGACGUUAUCCAGAAUCCUCCAGGCUUAGUCUCCAAACUGCUGAUAUGAAAGUGGACGUGACGCAUGUGAAGUUGACAAGCCUUGAAGCCCCUCCUCCAUUCUAGUCCCCUCAGCCGCUACAGGAAAUGCCUAUGAAACCCCAAACACACUAGAGGGCUUUUUUUCCUUCUUCUCAGUGUUGUCCCUCUUUCAUACCUGAUAGAGAAGCAGUAUUUCUGCUGGGGGAGGGGAGUGGGGGGGUCACAUUAAGUGUUGUGGGGGAGAAAAGCUCAUCUGUUGAGCAGUUAAAUGACUCAAUACCGCAGCGUGUGUGUGUGUGUGUGUGUGUGUGUGUGUGUGUGUGUGUGUGUGUGCGUGCGUGCGUGCGUGCGUGCGUGCGUGCGUGCGUGCGUGCGUGCGUGCGUGCGUGCGUGCGUGUGUGCGUAUAGGUCAGGGGGAUCCAAGCUGUCUUUCUAUCAUAUGUUUUUCAUCUCUUGAGAGUUUUAAGGGUGUUUCAUUUUUGAUAUUUCACUUUGCCGGUGUGUAUGUGUGUUAGUUUGAAUUUUGCCAUGGGACUGCCAGGCGGGCGGUAGGAACCAGCCCUCCACUGAGCCACUGAGGAGAGCCACCUUUCAGACAAAACUUUAUCAGACUCACUGCUAGCUCCUUUUAGAACAGGUUGCUCAAUUUCUAGCCACUUUGUGGGCAGACCUGGCAACCUCAGCUCUCCUCUUGGCAUCCGGUUUCCCCUGUGCCAAACACAUUUCCUGUUGCUCCUAAUUCAGCCAAGCCAGGGCAGGAAAAACCCUCUUUCACCAUUAAGCCAGAGAGUCGGGUUUUUUGGAAUAGACUAGGACUUGAACAUGAUGGCGGCUCACCCAGUGGCCGCCAGUUUAGCAGUCCUUGCCAAGCUACAGCAGCGUCUGACUUGAAGCUGGUAUUUUCCCACCCUGGUGAGGUACUUCCAGAACGGGCUGUUUGGGUGAAAAAAGGUUAGCAUCACGCUAGCUGCCUGGAAACACCAGGUCUAGUUUCUGUUGUUGGUCACAUCAUUGUCACACAUCCUGAUAGACUGAUAGAUCCAGUCCAGAGUCUCCAGUCAAGAGUCUCCCAGUCCAGAGUCUCCCAGGUUAACCUGACGCGGAGACUUGCUGAGGACAAGCUUUUUAACGUUUUCAGAACAUCCCAGUUCCCCAGAGCCCAGUUUGCACAGUUGUUGCAGGUUUUAUACCAGGGGUCUGAGUCGGUAUCAUCUUAGUUGGUACAUAAAAGCUGAGAGAAAUGCAAAUCAAGAAAAUAAAAAGUAAAAAAAAAGAUGCUAGAUUAUUUUAGAGAUGUGAACAUUUUUGUUUUAAGAUGAUACUGGAAUCAUUGCACAUUUUGCGUUCUUUUUUUUAUAUCUAUAUAUAUCUAUAUAAAUAUAUAUUGUUUUGUCAUAGCCUUAUUUAUUUGUUUACUAAUGGUCAAAGUUUGUGAGUCCUUUUUUUUUACAGUUUGAAUGUUCUCUUGUUGCCUUGUUGCUCCGCUGCCUGAGAGCAUCCCUCGUUUCCGUGGCGACUGUCCGUUUGCCUCAGUGGCGCGAGACGGAGACCGCCAAGUCCGUCUCCACCUCAAAGUACACAACAUUUCGUCGAUGGCGUCCAACUUCACCUGCUUGCACUAGUAGAAAUCAAACGACUCACCUCCUAAAAAAAGUUAGAUCUCUAAUAUCGACACACGCGUGCUGUAUCGGGUGAACAACAGGAACAAUGUAUCAUGCUUUCGUUUGAAGUUGCCAUUGCUUUGCGUGGAUUGGUAAGCGCUGUUCUCCACAUGUGUAAAUAAGACCCUCUGAAAUUGGCUUGUCGAAAUGCCUUUUGCUGAACCAUCACAUGUUGAUUUGUCGAAGUGUGCCUACUCUCACCUCCCCGCUGAGAGAACCCCCCCCCCCCCCACGGACCACAUGACUCCAACAGCAAGCAAGCGUGUGUGUGUGUGUGUGUGUGUGUGUGUGUGUGUGUGUGUGUGUGUCGGUGUGUCGGUGUAUUGGAAAGGGUGUAUGCAUGUUGCACACCCUGUUUGGAUGUUAUUUUGGAGAACGGCGCCUCUCUCAGAGAGACCGUGCGUGCCAUCUUCAAAUUGUUUUAUCUAUCGAUUCCUAGCUGUUUUUUUUAAAUUCGUUUGUUUUGUUUGUUUGUUUUUUUGUCCGAAGUGACCAGAACUAUGACAUAGUACAUAUGAUUAAGAUUAUGAUGAAAAAGCUGGGUUUUUUUUUUUUUU